AUGAUCGAGGAGAUGCCGAACCCGACGCGCCAGGGCCCGCGGCUCAUCAUCUACGCCAUCGUCAUGGCCGUCGUCACCGGCUUCGGCUACAUCGCCGCCGUCCUCGCCGUCAUCAGCGAUGUCCCGGCGGCCAUCUCGUCCUCGCAGCCACUCCUCGAGAUCUACUACCAGGCCACGCGGAGCAAGGCCGGCAGCAUCUGCCUCAUGCUCUUCCCGCUGCUCUCCUUUGUCCUCUGCGCCAUCGACGACAUGGCCACCAGCGCGCGCAUAGCCUACGCGCUCGCCCGCGACGGCGGCAUGCCCUUUAACCGCCAUUUCGCGCGCGUCAGCCCGACGGUCGGCGCCCCGGUGGCCGGGCUCCUCUGGUGCUUCGCGUGGGACAUUGUCCUCGGGCUGAUAUUUCUCGGCUCGACCAGCGCCUUCAACGCCAUCAUCUCGGCUGCCGUCGUUUGCUUCACCGUCACCUACGCCAUCCCCCCGGGCAUCAACAUGCUGCGCGGGCGGUGCAUGCUCCCCGAGAACCGCAGCUUCAAGCUGCCCAACUCGGUGGGGUACUUUUGCAAUGCCGCCAGCGUGGCCUGGACGCUGCUGACGACUGUCCUCUUUGUCUGGCCCCCGACGAGGCCGGUCGAUGCGGUCAACAUGAACUACUGCGUCGUCGCCUUUGGGGUCAUCAUUGUCAUUGCCGGCUCCAACUGGAUUUUGAGCGCGCGAAAGUCGUACCAGCCGCCUGCGCUCGAACUCGUCCAUGGCCACCACACGGCCCCGGUUGAUGUCGACCAAUUGGCGGAUAAAGCUGCAACGGGCGGGAUGGAACAGUCUAGCCAGGAAAAGUUAAAGUAG